CUUUAAAUGAUUAGUGACUAAACGGAAUGCUGAUGGAGAAGAUCUUCUCAUUUGCAGUCGCGGCACUAGCUGUGUGUCAAGUGCAAGGACAGUGUCGAUUUAACUUUAACAAUGUUCGCUCUUCGAAUGGAGUCUUUACGUAUCUGGAUCGCGGGGCACUUUAUCCGCAAAUUUCUUCUGUUGUGGCCAGAGGCGUUGCUUUAACCAUGCACUGUGGAGGCGGAGAAAGCCAUAGAACAGUUUGCACAAGGAACGACAGGUUCCAUCCAGCACUGCCCUUCCGCUGCACUGCACAAGCUCCAGAAAGCGAGGUUAGAUUGUACGAGGGCGAUAGGUCGCUUUAUAGCGAUUGUGCGGCCACAAUGUACUCUAUAGGCCAUACGAUCAAUAGACAAUUUAUAAAGUUGUACGACGCUUGUUACGAUACGAGGAGUUUAAGGGUUCACUUCACUCAGGCCACUAUCUAUCCCAAGAAUAUUUUUAUACCACGCCCAGAAGGCAUACAAUUCGCUCCAUAUCCGGUUAUGUCGCCCGGAUCAGCAAGAUCAUUCCUCACAGCCGAAAUAUACCGAAGGUUUAAUGAUACUUAUGGGGCAAACCAGACCUACAUUCCCAAGCGUACUUUAGUGAUAAAUCGUGGACAUCUGACCGCAUCGUCUGACUUUCUUUUUGAUCAGCAAUCAAGGUCUACCUUUAAAUAUGUGAAUGCGGUGCCACAAUUUGAGAGCAUAAAUAAUGGCAGCUGGCGGCUCAUCGAGAAUUGGGUGAUGAGCCUUAGGCCAAUGGAUUCUCAGCUGAUUGUUCGAACUGGGGCUUUUGGAAUCCUGCAACUGAGAGACGAUCGCAAUCGAUUAAAGCCUGCCUAUUUGCUGGAUGACCAGAGAAAUCCAGUGCCGCAAUGGAUGUAUAAAAGAAUAAUCACAGCCAACAGGACAAGCUAUGUGUUUCUCACCCAUAACAACAUAUUUAAUGAGCCACCAGACCAUCGGUUUUGUAAUGAGGUCCAGUGUCCGAAUAAUUUGGAUUUGGAUAGACUACCUGCGACUGGAGUGACUUUUUGCUGUGAUCCUACCACUUUCCGAGUUCCGGCAAAUUAUUAAUGUUCCAAAAAAACAAUCUCAUGGCAUUGGCAUUCAGAGCAUAAGAGUUGCAAAAAAAGUUAUCAACGCUUUCA